CAUUCUCUGUGGUCUGUUGUCUGUGUCUGCUGCCUGGACGCACUUGUCUAUCUCUCCACCAGGACCAGGACCAGGACCAUGUGGUGUCUCUGUGCAGACAUGAGGCCACCCCUAGUGACCGGGUAACUUCAUGAGACCAUCAGAGUCCAGUCCCCCGUAAACUUGGCUGGUGUGAUGAGUCUGACAACCUGCCGUUGCCUUUGACGCAGGGCAGCCGCGCCGCGCCGCGCUGUGCCGCGCCGCGCUGCAUGCGCUGCGCACCUCUUAAACCUGCCACAAGCUAUUCAAAAAAAGUACGUGACUUCGGUCCUCUGGAAUCAGCCGAAACUGACAUGAACUCUUGCUGACGGACACGGUGAUUUGAGCGCUGUCUGUGCUGUGGGAGUCGAGGGACCCGGGCUGUGGAGCCCCAGUCACGGGCUGAAGCGGCAGCUGAACCGGAUCUGAGAACACCGCUCCUCCGCAGCAACAAGAAGACACAGAGUUUUGCCAGUAAUUGCUUAUUUAUGUGUUUGUAUGUUUUCUUGUAUGGAUUGUGAUGCGGGGCGGGAUCGAGUCCCCGCGCAGAGGAAUUUGGCGCAACGCGUUAGAUGCAACAAACAGCUGGAAAUCAUCUGUCUGACCUGACACUGACAGAGGAAACACCUGUUCCUGCUUUCUGUGGAAAGAAAGGUUUCUGGAAGAAUGUGAAAUUGGAGGUGCUGAGACUUUAAAGCUUUGCCACAUCUAUUACUUCAGACGGGUAUGUCGGACACAGGUACCUGUAGCACUGAAAACCCCUGGGAUUGGCGUUUUGUUGGUGCCCGCUGUGAGUGACCUAGCCCUCGAGACGAGGGAAAUCCAUCGACUGGCUUGUCCCGUUUCUGCCACACAGCAUACACCGCCUUCCUCUCUGUCGACUGUGAUUAUAUCACUGCUGCCCAACUCACAGCAACAUGGUGAGGGGUUCAAAGACCCCGAUUGUCUCCAGCUACUGCUUCCUCUUUCUGCUGAUGCUUAAGAGCUGCUGGUUGUUAGGCUCCACCUCGCAGAAGCCUGUAGUACUGGUGGACUCCCAGCAGCCCCAGCAGGAGUACGCACAUUCUAUCCGGCUGGAUGGGGACAUAAUCCUAGGCGGCUUGUUUCCGGUGCAUGCUCGUGGUGAGAGGGGUGUGCCGUGUGGUGAGCUGAAGAAAGAAAAGGGAAUCCACAGACUUGAGGCAAUGCUGUUUGCCAUCGACCUCAUCAACAAGGACCCGGAGCUGCUGCCCAACAUAACUCUCGGGGCACGGAUUCUGGACACAUGUUCACGUGACACCUAUGCUCUGGAGCAGUCGCUCACCUUUGUCCAGGCGCUCAUCGAGAGGGAUGGUUCUGACGUGCGCUGCGCAAAUGGUGACCCACCCAUCUUUGCUAAACCGGAUAAAGUGGUGGGUGUCAUUGGGGCGUCGGCCAGCUCUGUGUCAAUAAUGGUGGCCAACAUCCUGCGACUGUUCAAGAUUCCUCAGAUCAGCUACGCAUCGACAGCCCCAGAGCUUAGCGACAACACCCGCUAUGACUUCUUCUCCCGCGUGGUCCCUCCAGACUCCUACCAGGCUCAGGCCAUGCUGGACAUUGUGACGGCGAUGGGCUGGAACUAUGUUUCCACGCUAGCCUCCGAAGGAAACUAUGGCGAAAGCGGCGUGGAGGCCUUCGUCCAGAUCUCCAGAGAACUGGGCGGCGUCUGCAUCGCUCAGUCUCUGAAAGUUCCUCGAGAGCCGAGACUCGGUGAGUUUGACAAGAUCGUUCUCCGUCUGCUGGAGACGCCCAACGCCCGCGCUGUCAUCAUGUUUGCCAACGAGGACGACAUCAGACGAAUCCUGGACGCGGCCAAACGUAACAACCUAACGGGUCACUUCCUGUGGGUGGGCUCUGACAGCUGGGGCUCUAAGAUCUCUCCGGUGGUCCAGCAGGAACGCGUGGCUGAGGGCGCCAUCACUAUCCUCCCCAAGAGGGCUUCUGUGGAUGCGUUUGACCGUUACUUCAAGAGCCGCUCGCUGUCCAACAAUCGCAGAAACGUCUGGUUUGCUGAGUUCUGGGAGGAAAACUUUGGCUGUAAGCUGGGGAUGCACGGCAAGAGACCGGGAAGCCCAAAGAAAUGUACUGGGUUGGAGAAAGUUGGCCGGGAUUCCUCCUACGAGCAGGAGGGCAAGGUGCAGUUUGUGAUGGAUGCUGUGUAUGCCAUGGCCCAUGCUCUUCACCACAUGCACCGCGAGCUGUGCACUGGAUACCCCGGGCUGUGUCCCCGCAUGGCCAACAUCGACGGCAAAGAGCUGCUGGCUCACGUCCGUGCUGUUAACUUCAACGGAAGUGCAGGAACACCAGUCAUCUUUAACGAGAACGGCGAUGCCCCGGGACGCUAUGACAUCUUCCAGUAUCAGAUCAACAACAGGUCCACAGCAGAGUACAAGGUCAUCGGACACUGGACCAAUCAGCUGCAUCUAUAUAUGGAUACUCUGCAGUGGACCACCGGUGACUCUUCCCUGCCUUCCUCGGUGUGCAGUCUGCCCUGCAGGACUGGUGAGAGGAAGAAAGUGGUGAAGGGUGUCCCGUGCUGCUGGCACUGUGAGCGGUGUGAAGGAUACCACAUCCAGGCCAGCGAGUUCACCUGUGAGCUCUGCCCCUACGAGAUGAGACCUGACCGGAACCGCACCGGCUGCCAGGCCAUACCUAUCAUCAAGCUGGAGUGGCACUCACCCUGGGCACUGGUGCCCGUCUUCAUCUCUGUCUUGGGUAUCAUAGCGACCACCUUUGUCAUUGUCACGUUUGUGCGCUACCACGACACUCCCAUCGUACGCGCCUCUGGACGGGAGAUGAGCUAUGUUCUCCUGACGGGUAUCUUCCUGUGUUACAUAGUCACCUUCCCCAUGAUUGCAGCACCAGAUGUUGUAGUCUGCUCUUUCCGUCGCAUCUUCCUGGGCCUGGGCAUGUGCUUCAGCAACGCUGCACUGCUCACCAAGACCAACCGCAUCCACCGCAUCUUCGAGCAGGGCAAGAAGGCCGUGACGGCACCACGUUUCAUCUCACCCGCGUCCCAACUGGUCAUCACCUUUUCGCUGAUCUCUGUCCAGCUGAUGGGGGUCUUCAUGUGGUUCACCGUCGACCCGCCGCACACCUUCGUGGAUUACGGGGAGCAGCGCACACAGGACCCCGGGAAUGCGCGCGGCGUGCUGAAGUGUGACAUCUCCGACCUGUCACUCAUCUGCUCCCUGGGAUACAGCAUCCUCUUGAUGGUCACGUGCACUGUUUACGCCAUCAAGACACGAAGCGUGCCGGAGACCUUCAACGAGGCCAAACCCAUUGGAUUUACUAUGUACACAACCUGCAUCAUCUGGCUUGCUUUCAUUCCCAUCUUCUUUGGCACAGCACAAUCAGCAGAGCGGAUGUACAUCCAGACGGCCACGCUGACCGUCUCCCUCAGCCUCAGCGCCUCCGUCUCUCUGGGAAUGCUUUACAUGCCAAAGGUGUACAUUAUCAUCUUCCACCCGGAGCAGAACGUCCCCAAACGCAAGCGCAGCUUCAAGGCCAUUGUCACCGCCGCCACCAUGACCAGCAAGCUGUCGCAUCUGGCGGCCGAGCGGCCGAACGGCGAAGUCAAGACGGAGCUGUGCGAGGGUGUGGAGGCCAGUGUGCCACCAACAAAAACCACCUACGUGAGCUACACCAACCACGCGAUGUGAGAAUACAAAAGGCCUCAAGCAAGGACGCCCUUAACAAAAAGACUUGUGUCAGACAAAGACGGGGAUGUCACCAGAGUGCAAAGACGGAGACGCUCUGAACAAACUGAAACAAACAGAGCAACUAACUGUACCAACACAUCUGUGGUGUCUUUGUGUUCACAGAUAACAGAGGCCCCCUGAGCAGCGCCCAAACCCUGAGAUCGCAACUCUCCGAGACCACGAAAAAGCAGGACGGUGACCUGAAAAAGUAAAAAUAAAAAAAAGUCUUAAAAAAAGAAGAAAAAGAAAAAAGAAUUUGUGGAGACCAAACGUAUUUGUUGUAAUUCUAACUGUUCGUUUUAACGGGAAAAAAAAAAAAAAUAGUGGUUGUGAAAUUUUCUGAUUCUUGUCUCAUGUCGUCCGUCCAUUGACCUGCAUUAUGGGAUGAGUCCAUCGCUGUUUUUUCGGCUAAAUGAACUGUAGCUUUUGGUUGUGAAUUGUCUAAAUGCCAUGGUUGACCUGAAGCAUGCUAGUUUUUUAUACAAAGGAUCUAUUUAUAAUAAAGGAAUGUUUAACAA